GCCUUCCCUAGACAUCCCAGGGAUUUCUGUCGCCAACAGAACAUCCGAAUAACCCUUACGAGAUUCUAUAGUGUCACUACAAGUAAAUUGUAGGGCUCCUACCGGAUCUACCAAUCCAUUGAGUACGAUUAUUUAUAUAAAUUAUAACUUGAAAGAGGACUGAAUCCCCUCCUUUUCUUCCAAUCCAUCAUGCCCACUGCUGUAACUGCAAAAGAAAGCAAGGUUGACGUUCUAGUGAUAGGUGCCGGGCCAGCUGGGCUAAUGUCUGCCUUUGCCCUGGCUCGAGCCGGCAUCAAUGUCCAGAUUGUUGAUAAACGUUCAAAGAAGGUUGCAGCUGGACAAGCUGACGGCAUACAACCAAGAACCACUGAAGUUUUCAAGAGUUAUGGGCUCUCUGAUAGACUGUUGAAAGAAGGAACACAGUUACAUGUGGCGGCCUUCUACAAUCCCUCAAAAAGUGGAGGCAUCGAGUUAACGGAUCGUGUCCCAGAUGUUACUGCGACAGACACCAACUUCCCCUUUGAGGUGACGUUGCAUCAAGGUGCAAUCGAAGACAUCUUUCUCGACAAUAUGCGUGAUAUGGGUGUGGAAGUCAGCAGACCCGUCAUUCCAACUUCUCUUGAGGUAACCGAAGCUCUGGUAGACGAUUUCGAUGCGUACCCGGUUCGCGUUGUAUUGGAGAAUGAAGACACCGAGACCGAAGACGAAAGGCGCACGGAAAUAGUAUAUGCUAAAUACGUCUUAGGUGCGGAUGGUGCCCACUCAUGGGUCAGAAAGUACAUGGGUAUUGCAAUGCAAGGAGAGCAGACGGAAUAUGUUUGGGGAGUAGUUGACCUCGUUCCGGACACCGAUUUUCCCGAUGUACGCAACAAAUGCGCCAUACAUUCUAACAAUGGAUCUUGCAUGAUCAUCCCUCGAGAGGACGAUAAAAUUCGUCUUUAUAUUCAAUUGGACGGAAAGGAUGUCAUGGAUGCCAAUGGGAGAGUAGACAAGAGCAAAGCUGGGCCAGAAAUGAUUUUAGAUGUCGCUCGCAAAACACUCCAUCCCUUUACUAUCAAUACGCCAGAGUCUUAUGACUGGUGGACGAUAUACGUCAUCGGACAACGAGUAGCUGAGCGCUAUACAGUACAUAACCGCGUUUUCAUUGCUGGGGAUGCCUGCCAUACUCAUUCGCCAAAGGCAGGUCAGGGCAUGAAUGCGAGCAUGCAAGAUUCGUAUAACUUGGCUUGGAAAUUGGCUCAUGUAUUAAAGGGAACUGCACAUCCAACUCUUCUACAAACGUACGAACUUGAACGACGACGAUACGCUCAAGACUUGAUUGAUUUUGACAAGAAGUUUUCCACACUCUUUUCUGGCAAGCCCUACUCUGAAUUAAACCUGGAUGGCGUGUCACACGUAGAAUUCUUACAGGCUUUCCAAACGUUUGGCGGAUUUACAAGUGGGCUAGGUGUUCAAUAUCCAAAUUCUAUGAUUAUCGAUUCGAAACAUCAAAAUCUAGCGCAAAACAUAUUCAUCGGACGACGUCUCCCACCCCGGCCGCUGUUACGAGCAGCAGACUGCCGUCCUAUUGAUUUACACGACCUGCUAGUCUCUGAUGCUCGCUUCAAGCUGUUAGUCUUUACAGGGGACACCCAUGAUCCAGCUCAAAUGGCGAGAGUUCAAGAGUUUGCGAAGCAGUUCAGCGCUUCUGGAUCAUUUUUUGCCGAGUUUUCGUCACCGGAUUCUAUGAGCAAGGUGUUAGACAUCGUUACAAUAAGCAGCGAGAAGAAAGAAACGAUCAUGUACAAUGCUCUACCUCGUAUCCUUUGGUCGCAUUGGUCCAAAGUUCUAGUGGAUGAUAUUGACAUGAGGGGUGUCACAGGGAGUGGAAAGGUGUACGAAUCACUUGGGAUCAACGCCGCUGGUGCAGUGAUUGUAGUACGACCAGACGGAUACGUCGCAGCUAUCGCGCCAUUAGAUGGCGUUUCCCAUAUUACCUCCUACUUCACCACUUUUAUGAAGGCGUGUUAAAAGACAGAUGCAAAUUACAUAUCAUGAGCAAUGGGUAUCUAAGUACAUAGUGAGAGAGGAAUGAUAAAUGAGAAAAUGUA